UAAUUUCAGACCAGUAGGGUAAAUCUGGUUGGAAAAAACAUGUGUCCCAUGGAGUUUGUCAACACUCCAGCUUGUAAAGAACAGGAGGCCAGGACUGUAAUGACUCCCGCCAGAGCUGGGGACCAGGUCAGUGUGGCUGGUGUUGCUGCCAUCGCAGGCCAACCAGGAUUUUAGUCGGAUGAGCUGAGCAGCAGGUCCUUGGAGGCCCAGGCUAGGCAACCACGGGCGGCAAGACCUCUGGCCACACUCUGCGGUAAUAGGAGGAGGACACUAAGCAGGAAGAGGAGCCAUGGCUUCUGAUGCUAGUCACGCACUGGAAGCCGCCCUGGAGCAGAUGGAUGGGAUCAUUGCAGGUACUAAAACAGGUGCAGAUAUUAGUGAUGGUACCUGUGAGCCUGGACUGUCUUCCCCGGCCUCCUAUAAGAACCCCUUCCCAGUGCUCCAUCUCAUCGAGGACUUGAGACUGGCCCUGGAGAUGCUGGAUCUUCCUCAGGAGAGAGCAGCUCUCCUGAGUCAGGUGCCUGGCCCAACAGCUGCCUACAUAAAGGAAUGGUUUGAAGACAGCUUGUCCCAGGUAAAUCACCAUGGUACUGCUAGUAACGAAACCUACCAGGAACGCCUGGCACGUCUAGAAGGUGAUAAGGAGUCGCUCAUCUUACAGGUGAGUGUCCUCACAGACCAAGUGGAAGCCCAAGGAGAAAAGAUUCGGGACCUAGAAGUGUGUCUGGAAGGGCACCAGGUGAAACUCAAUGCUGCCGAAGAAAUGCUCCAACAGGAGCUGCUAAGUCGCACAUCUCUUGAAACCCAGAAGCUUGAUCUGAUGACUGAAGUAUCUGAGCUGAAGCUCAAACUAGUUGGCAUGGAGAAGGAGCAGAGAGAGCAAGAAGAAAAGCAGAAAAAAGCAGAGGAGUUACUGCAAGAACUCAAGCACCUCAAAAUCAAAGUGGAAGAGUUGGAAAAUGAACGGAAUCAGUAUGAGUGGAAGCUGAAAGCCACUAAGGCAGAGGUAGCCCAGCUGCAAGAGCAGGUGGUCCUGAAAGAUGCAGAAAUUGAGCGUCUGCACUGCCAGCUCUCUCGGACCGCAGCUUUCCACAAUGACCACACAGACAGAGACCAAGAAAUUCAGCGUCUGAAAAUAGGCAUGGAAACACUGCUUGUUGCCAAUGAAGAUAAGAUGAGGCAACAGACUCCAAGACCAUCUUAUAUGCCAAGCCUGGGUAGAGAGGCUUUUGCCCAGAGUCAGGACCGUCGGAUAGAGGAGCUUACGGGGCUGUUGAACCAGUACCGAAGGAUGAAGGAGAUUGUGCUGGCAACGCAAGGGUCUUCCGAGCGAACUCUUUCAGUCAAUGAAGAAGAACUGGAGGGAAGUUUCAGAAAGUGGAGCCCUGCAAAUAAAGGCCCCGAAGAAUUAUUAAAACAAGAGAUGCCUCCAAAAUGCAGCUCUCCCAAGGUGGGGCCCCCUCCUCUGCCGCAGAAGUCACUGGAAACCAGAGCUCAGAAAAAGCUCUCCUGUAGUCUAGAAGACUUGAGAAGUGGAUCCGUGGAUAAGUGUGUCAAUGGGAACCAGCUCUCUCCUGUUACAGAACCCAAGGACAGCUCUUUCCUGGUGGAGCAGAAAUAUCCUACAUUACCUGGGAAGCUUUCAGGAGCCACGCCCAACGGAGAAGCUGCCAAAUCUCCUCCUCCCGCCUCCCAGCCUGACCCCUCAGGGAGCAACCUGCUAAGGCUGAAUCAUGGCCGGAGUGUCAGUGCCCCCGUGUUAGGAGACACAGAAAGUGGUUGGGAAGAUACUGCCAUGACCAACGACAUCUCAUCCACCUCCUCGGGUACUGAGUCCACCCCCCAGUCUCCCCUGACACCGGAUGGUAAACGGAGCCCCAAAGGCAUCAAGAAAUUCUGGGGAAAGAUCCGAAGAACCCAAUCAGGAAAUUUCAACACUGAUGCACCAGGGAUGGCCGAGUUUCGACGAGGUGGGCUCCGGGCAACUGCAGGGCCAAGGUUGUCAAGAACCAGGGACUCCAAGGGACAGAAAUGUGACGCCAAUGCGCCUUUUGCCCAGUGGAACACAGAGCGUGUGUGUGCAUGGCUCGAGGACUUUGGCCUGGCUCAGUACGUGAUCUUUGCCAGGCAGUGGGUGACAUCUGGCCAUACAUUACUGACAGCUACACCUCAAGACAUGGAAAAGGAGCUAGGAAUUAAGCACCCUCUCCAUAGGAAGAAGCUGGUUUUAGCAGUAAAAGCCAUCAACACCAAGCAGGAGGAGAAGUCUGCACUGCUAGACCAUAUUUGGGUGACAAGGUGGCUUGACGAUAUUGGCUUACCCCAAUACAAAGACCAAUUUCACGAAUCCAGAGUUGAUGGACGAAUGCUUCAAUACCUAACUGUGAAUGAUCUGCUCUUCUUAAAAGUCACCAGCCAACUGCAUCAUCUCAGCAUCAAAUGUGCCAUUCAUGUGCUGCAUGUCAAUAAGUUCAAUCCUCACUGCCUGCAUCGGCGGCCGGCUGAUGAGAGUAACCUUUCUCCUUCAGAAGUUGUGCAGUGGUCCAACCACAGGGUGAUGGAGUGGCUGCGAUCCGUGGACCUGGCAGAGUAUGCACCCAACCUUCGAGGGAGUGGCGUCCAUGGUGGUCUUAUUAUCCUGGAGCCGCGCUUCACUGGGGACACCUUGGCUAUGCUCCUCAAUAUCCCGCCACAGAAGACACUUCUCCGGCGCCACCUGACCACCAAAUUCAGUGCCCUGAUUGGUCCUGAGGCCGAACAAGAAAAGCGAGAUAAAAUGGCCUCACCAGCUUACACCCCACUGACCACCACAGCCAAAGUCCGGCCUAGGAAACUAGGAUUUUCACAUUUUGGAAACAUGAGAAAAAAGAAAUUUGAUGAGUCGACAGACUACAUUUGCCCAAUGGAACCAAAUGAUGCCGUCGGUGACAGUCAAAGGGUCUACAGUGGUUACCGGGGCCUCAGUCCUCUUGAUACCCCUGAACUGGAUGGGCUGGACCAGAUGGCACCUUCGGAAGGCACUGUGACCCAGAUAGGGCUCCUCUCCCAAGAUAUUCACCGUCUUACGACCCUGCUGAGCCAGGACCAGCUGCUGAGCGACUCUCUCCCGACUGCCCCCGACUCUGACGACUGGAGAUGACACCCUCUGUGGCCGAGAGCCCAGAGAGGCACGUGGGGCCUGCCCUUGCCUCAGAGGGGACCGGGCACACAGCCACCGCAGAGCCCGACUGCAGAUGGGGCCGGCGGGGCACCUCCUCGGCCGCGGGUGCCGUCUGGAGCAAAGCAGAGAGUGGCGCGGGCGUCCGGGAGGCGGCCCCGGGUCCCGCGGUGUUUGUAGCCGUGCUGUGCUCUGCACCGCGGCUUUCUCCCUUUUGUACUUUUAUACGAGGACUGCAGAGCACUUCUGCGGGGAGAGCAAUGAGAGACCAGCACACAAGCUCCGAGGCUCAUGCUGUCCCUGAUGACAGCCAGGAGGCUCUUACACCAAAGGGGAAGAGCUGUUAGUGCACAAAACCGCUGCUGGAAAAAAAAAAAA